UCCUGCAGUUCUACCAAAGAAAUUCAAGCUAAGAAUUUUUUUCCGAGAAAUAAGAACUAUGAUUUUAUUUGGUUUCGUGGCUGUGCUCUUUGGCACUCUCGCUGAUACUACCAACCCAGCCCGGUAUUCGAGCCCUGCUCAUGGAACUCCCUACAACUUCGCCGCUUCUACCGCUACACCAAUGUCAAGCUGUUAUUAUUCUUACUAUAACCGGUGGAAUGGGUGGCAAUAUAAACUUUAUCGAGAGGGAACACCUUGCUGGCUACCGUGGACGUACAGUGAGGUGGGUUAUUGUAGCAAAGGAACGUGCUAUGCAAAUAUCACUCCAAGUGUGAACACUUGCAACAACGCGUAUGAGGGCGGCGGAUACCCUACAAACUGCGAUAACCCGGCAUGUAACGGAACGCCCUGUAUCCUCGUAUUGACAGCUCCAAACAGGGCGUUUGCUGGUCUUUGCAAAGGUGGCCACUGUGUCGCCUCUUAUGAACUGAGUGCAGAUGAGACAAGAAGCGCGCAUCCACAAAUGUACCGCAAGUGUCCAGAGAAAGAGCAUUAUGGCAGCCAUGUCUCGUGCCCACUGUGUAGCAAAAGGGCCAACAGAGUCAUGCAAGGAGACCCUCUUGAAGACCAAUUCUCCUGA